AUGCUAAUACUUAUAUUGUUCCAGUUUGUAUCACAGUAUUUGCAAGAGCACUUCUCGGAUGCGAUACGUCGGCGUCUGUUGCGUGGUGGCUCGGAACGCAAAGCUAGCCUUACUGGGCAUCCAGAUGAUUGUGUGAUCGAGGUACACUUCCUUACCAAAUUAAUUAAUUAG